GAGUGAGUGAGAGAGAGAGAUAGAGAGAGAGAGAGAGAGGGAGCAGGUUUGUUGAAGGGCUUCGCUCUCAUUACAGACUGGAAACGUGCGACAACACAGGCGGAGCGCGUGAGAGUCUUUGUCUAAGGUGUUGCGGUACAGCCCUUUGCUUUGAUCCGGUUUAUGGUGAGAGCGCUGGCUACAGUGUUGCUGUGACUGAAGCUUGCACAAUGUUUUAAGGCUUUAGGUUUACGCCUUCUCCUCCUCUAUUGUCUGUGUUGAUGAAACAAGCUGAAUCUCACUUGAGAGAAGGACAGGAAGAGCUGCUCGGCUGACUGUUGCAUGGUUUUGACUCGAACCUGAAACCUGAAGACGAAUUAUUAGGAGAAAAAUCUGGAAAACAUCCUAAUUUACUAUUCAUCAGUCAUCAGUGAGGGCUGCAAAACUCAACUCAGCAAGCAGGUUCUGGACGCAUUUGAUGGUGGAUGGUGUGGCUUCAGCGCUGAUGGUGUUUCUCCACCUGCUGGGACGCUGAGAGGAUCUUCUCCUUCCCUCUCUCCCUCUUUCCUUCUGUCCUUUCACCCACUUCAACAUGUCUGCUGUACAGACGAUCUGGCCUCCAGGCACGGAGUGUGUGGCCAGGUACAACUUCCAAGGCACGACCGAUCAGGAUCUGCCCCUGUGUAAAGGAGAUGUCCUCACCAUUAUAGGAGUCACUAAGGACCCAAACUGGUACAAAGCCAAAAACACAGUGGGGCGAGAGGGGACCAUCCCAGCAAACUACGUCCAGAAGCGUGAAGGGGUGAAGUCCGGCGGGAAGCUCAGCCUCAUGCCAUGGUUCCAUGGUAAGAUAACGCGUGACCAGGCCGAGAGAUUGCUCUACCCGCCUGAGACAGGGCUGUUUCUGGUGCGUGAGAGCACCAACUACCCCGGAGACUACACGCUCUGUGUGAGCUCUGAAGGCAAAGUGGAGCACUAUCGCAUCAUCUACCACAACGGAAAACUCACCAUCGAUGAGGAGGUGUACUUUGAGAACCUCAUGCAGCUCGUUGAGCACUACACAAAAGAUGCAGAUGGACUUUGCACCAGGCUCAUCAAACCCAAACUCAUGGAGGGAACCGUGGCAGCGCAGGAUGAGUUCUCUAGAAGUGGAUGGGCACUCAACCUCAAGGAACUGAAACUCAUACAAACUAUUGGAAAGGGUGAAUUUGGAGAUGUCAUGGUGGGGGAUUACAGAGGCACUAAAGUAGCUGUGAAAUGCAUCAAACAUGACGCUACAGCACAGGCCUUCAUCGCAGAGGCCUCGGUCAUGACGCAGCUGCGACACAAUAACCUGGUGCAGCUGUUGGGCGUGAUUGUGGAAGAGAAAGGCAGCUUGUUCAUUGUCACGGAGUACAUGGCUAAGGGAAGCCUGGUGGACUAUCUCCGCUCCAGAGGACGCACUGUUAUUGGAGGAGACUGUUUGCUCAAGUUCUCCAUGGACGUGUGCGAGGCCAUGGCAUAUCUGGAGUCUAAUAACUUCGUCCAUAGAGAUCUGGCAGCUAGGAAUGUUUUAGUCUCCGAUGACAACAUCGCUAAAGUCAGUGAUUUCGGUUUGACCAAGGAGGCAUCGUCCACUCAGGACACGGCUAAGCUGCCCAUCAAAUGGACGUCCCCUGAAGCCCUGAGAGAAAAGAAAUUCUCCACCAAGUCGGAUGUAUGGAGUUAUGGAAUAUUGCUCUGGGAGAUCUAUUCCUUUGGUCGCGUACCGUAUCCGAGAAUUCCUCUGAAAGACGUGGUGCCACGCGUGGAAAAGGGCUACAAGAUGGACGCCCCGGACGGCUGUCCUCCUGCUGUGUACGACAUCAUGAAGCAGUGCUGGACUUUGGAGCCGGUGAUGCGGCCCAGCUUCGACACACUGAGAGAGAACCUGCAGCUCAUCCAAGAUAAAGAGCUGUACCUGUGAGAGCAAGGACACCGAGACGGACUCUCCCUGUGAGAGGAAGAGAGAGAGCGAGAGGGCGCACGGAGGACUGUACAGAACUGUACACACACACACAUACACACUCUCAGAACAGCACUCCAUUAUCACACACUUGAAAAAGAAGAGUCGAAUAUGGAAAAUAUAAUUAUGGCCAAAUUGUUUUACCGAUCCUCACCUUUUUUUUAAAAUUUGUUCCUUUCUUUUGCUGUGCCUUCAUGAUUUGUUUUAUAGAAUCGGAGAGGCGGGCCUUCUCUUUUGUAUUUUUUUUUUAAAUAAUUUAAGUCUCCAGCUUCUUUUGACCUUUUCGUCUUUAUCUUUCAGUCACUGUCUUACCGUCUCCCCUCUUUGCUAAAUCAUGCUCACACAGCGCAGCGUCAUACAGACUGGUUCCUCUUUAAGCUGUGUGUUCACAUGACCGUGGAUUUGUGUGGAUGUGCAAGUGUUCGUUUGUGUGUCCUCCUCUGUGGAACUUGUGUUUCUGGAGCACUGGACUCUUCCCUGCCCUUGAGCUGUUGCUGUUAGAGUUUUAUUCAGUGUCCACACCUUAAUUUUAAUGUCUUUUUAUUUGGUUAAAAAAAAAAAAUGGGACUCUCUUUCUUAACCCUGGAAAAGACUGAACUUGAAGCAUGUGUGAAUUCACAUUGGGGAAAUGGGAAGGGGUCAGGGGGUGGUGGGUGCUUGGGGGGGUGGUAUGGGAAGAGAGAUUUGCUGAUUUAUGUUUUUGAUCCAUGGAAAAAAAAAAAGCAUUUUGUAUGCAAAGUGUAAGAAGAUGAUGAAAGAAAAUAUAAAGUUGUCUGCUUGUA